UCUUUUCCUCGUCAGAGUCUUUCUUGGGCAAAAGAAAUAUUCAGCCUUUUGCUCAUAAUUUUUCUGCGCUUUGUUUUUCUGAGGGAAAAAAGGCAUAAUCUUUUACCGGUUCUGGAGAGAGAGAGAUGUGUGGAGGUGCUAUCAUCUCCGACUUCAUUCAGACGCCGGGGGCCAGGUCUCGCCGGCUCACCGCUGAUCUCCUCUGGCCGGAUUUGAAGAAAUCCAGUGGGGGGAAGCGAUUCUCGAAGCCCACUAGGUCUGCGUUCGGGGAUUCGGACGAUGAUUUCGAAGCUGAUUUUAGGGAAUUCAAGGACGAGUCCGAUAUCGAUGAGGUGGAUGUGGAUGAUGAUUUUCUAUUCGAUUUCAAUACCUUAGGUUUCUCUGCUGCCAAACCCCCGAAGCCUUCCAGAUCCCGGUCUCGUGGAUCUGGUGCUGUAAAAUCUGUGGAAUUCAAUGGAAAAGCUAACAAGUCUGAGAAAAGAAAGAGGAAGAAUCUGUAUAGGGGAAUCCGUCAGCGCCCAUGGGGAAAAUGGGCAGCUGAGAUCCGUGACCCGAGGAAAGGAGUCCGUGUCUGGCUUGGAACCUUCAACACUGCUGAAGAAGCAGCUAGAGCCUAUGAUGCUGAAGCACGGAGGAUUCGUGGUAAGAAAGCCAAGGUGAACUUUCCUGAUGAGGCCUCAAGCUCUCCCCCAAAACAUUACAAUGUAAAACACUCUGUCCAGCCCAUUAUGAACCAGAAAUUCAAUUUUGAAAACAAUCCAAAGGACUAUGUCUGUCCUCUGGGUCUGAUGGAGCAGAAACCACUGGUUAAUCAGUAUGCUAACAUGGGAGGUUUACCCAGCAGUGCAGAUGGGCUCACAUCUUUCACGCCAUCAGAUGAUGUUAAUAUGCCUGUUUGUUUCAGUUCGGAUCAAGCAAGCAAUUCGUUUGAUUAUUCUAGUUUUGGUUGGGGUGAACGGGGCCCAAAGACUCCCGACAUCUCGUCAAUGCUUUCUGCUUCUAUAGAAGAUGAAUUUCAAGCUGUUGACGACGCCAACAAGAAUGAUCACAUUCCUAACUCUCAGAAUGUGUUGCCUGCGGAAAAUGAUUCUGCAAAGACACUGUCUGAGGAACUUGCAGAUAUUGAAUCCCAGUUGCAGUUCUUUAAGACACCUUACCUUGAAGGGAGCUGGGACGAUGCUUCAUUAGAAACCUUGCUUGGUGAAAACACAACUCAGGAUAGUGAAAACCCAAUGGACUUUUGGAGUUUUGGUGAUGAUCUUCCUUCCAUGGCCGGGGGAGUUUUCUGAGCAACUUUCUCCCUGUCUCCUUAAUUUGUAAAUAGGGUUACAAGUUAGUAUUUUUUUCCUUUCAAAAUUCUCUUUUGGUUCUAUAAUUUUAAUCAUUCAUGGACUAAAUUAAUAUGGCCCGCAGAAAUUAUCACUUAUUUGAAUUUUGUUCUUGAAAAGCCAAAACGUUUAAUGGAGUCCGUGAUUUCUCGAGAGUGGGGACAGCUAGUCCUUUGUGAGUGAAUUAAAAGACUGAAUUGAACCCAAUUAAAAUAAAUCAAGGACUCUACUCGAGAUUUUUUUUUUAAUUUUUUUAUUUUCAGGUAAACCCCGAACAAGUGAUGUUUUUAGGGAACCAAUUGUAAAUACAUUCUUCAUCAUGAAGUAUUCUCGGUUUCUGAAAUGAAUGCAAUGCUUUGUUCCUUUUAUUGGUUUUCAGGAAUGCUGUUCAUCUUUGUUGGAGAUUGAGUCGAGACGAAACAGACCGUUUUAAGCAUGUCUGGAUGGUUAUUCUGUGGACGCUGGUAGCAAAGCAGGUGUGGGACCAUGGAUGUGUAGGAGUACAUGUCAAAGACCUUAACUCUUGGAGAUGUUGAGUUUACCGUUCAUUAAUGAGGAUGAUUUUAUCAAAUGUGUGAUGCAGUAAAAUGUUAACUUGAUUGUUUUGAUUAUGGUCGGUCAAAGUGGAGGCCAUCAAUUAACCCCAUUUUUGAAUAAUUGAUUUGGUUCUGUUCAGAGUAUUGCUUGCAGGUCUCUUAUA